GCAGGAGAAUGGCUUGAAGCCAGGAUGCUGAGGUUGUAGUGAGCUUAUAUCGUGCCAUUGCACUCCAGCCUGGGCAAAAAGAGCAAAAGUUUGUGUUAAAAAAAAAUGAUGCCACCACUGUGUCCUCAGAAGGACUUCCUUCUGCUUUAAAUUUUCUCUACUGUCUCCAACUGCCACACAUGCCUCCGCUCUUGCCCCAUACAUACGUGACAGAUUUAAACCAGAUGCAGUCCACAUACUUUUUCUUCCUGUGGCUGCUUAUGAAAUCAUGAUUCAGGGCCUUAUUUCUUGAUUUUCUAAGACUUGUGAACAGGUGGUCAAACUGCAUUAGCAACAACUGGAGAGCAGAGAUUACUUAGUGGCUUGGAGAGGGACCAAGUAUCUUGUAAGCCUGGCUCUUCUAAUAUCAGUUUCCAAACAGGCAACUCCCAGGUCAUCUGGUGCCACCCAGGGCAGGGCAGGGCUGGAACUGGCGUUUGAAGGGUUGGGUCUGUAGGAAGAACCCACGCCUUGCUCUGGGAAGCGGCCUCAGGAAGCAGAGGCUGGGGACAGAAUCACUCAUGCGUUGCAGUUGUUCUGGGCAACAAAGCAAGGCGGAUACUUAUUCUGGUAGCAGGGUGGAGUCUGAACUGGGCAGUUGCCUCUGCUCCAGCCCCUUGUAGAAUUUCAGAGUCCCUGUUAACCACGGAGACAUGGGCUGGAAGCUGGAUGUGGGGGCAAGUGCGGCUUUGGAGACAGUGAAGUGAUGCGACCAAGUCCUCACAGCUAGCGAAAGUGGAGCCGGAAUUUAGGCUCUAGAGGUCUGAACCCAAACUCCUACACUCAACCAAGCUGCCUCCUCAGGGAAGGACCCUGCGUGGGAGCCCUGAAGAGUCACAGCAUCUAUGUGGACUUUUUUCUCCCCAGGUCCUUUGGCAAGAAGAGACUGAUAGGAGAGUAAAAAAUGUUUUGAUAACAUUGUACUGGCUGGGAAGAAAAGCACAAAGCAACCCCUACUAUAAUGGUCCCCAUCUUAAUUUGAAAGCAUUUGAGAAUCUUUUAGGACAAGUGUUGACGAAGGCACUCGAAGACUCCAGCUUCCUGAAAAGAAGUGGCAGGGACAGUGGCUACGGUGACAUCUGGUGUCCUGAACGUGGAGAAUUUCUUGCUCCUCCAAGACACCAUAAGAGAGAAGAUUCCUUUGAAAGCUUGGACUCUUUGGGUUCUAGGUCAUUGACAAGCUGCUCCUCUGAUCUCACGUUGAGAGGGGGACGUGAAGGUUUUGAAAGUGACACAGAUUCUGAAUUUACAUUCAAGAUGCAGGAUUAUAAUAAAGAUGAUAUGUCGUAUCGAAGGAUUUCAGCUGUUGAGCCAAAGACGGCAUUACCCUUCAAUCGCUUUUUACCCAACAAAAGUAGACAGCCAUCCUAUGUACCAGCACCUCUGAGGAAGAAGAAGCCGGACAAACAUGAGGAUAACAGGAGAAGCUGGGCAAGCCCAGUUUAUACAGAAGCAGAUGGAACAUUUUCAAGUAAUCAGAGGAGGACUUGGGGCACCAGUGUGGAGAACUGGCCAACUGUACAAGGAACUUCAAAGUCCUCUUGUUAUUUGGAAGAGGAAAAAGCAAAGACAAGGAGCAUACCCAACAUCAUAAAGGAUGAUCUUUAUGUGCGCAAGCUAAGUCCAGUCAUGCCAAACCCAGGGAAUGCUUUUGAUCAGUUUCUUCCCAAAUGUUGGACCCCAGAAGAUGUGAACUGGAAAAGAAUAAAAAGGGAAACUUAUAAGCCAUGGUAUAAGGAAUUUCAGGGAUUCAGUAAAAGGAAUUCAGACUCUGAGGAUGAGGACUCAGGUUCUGACAGAAGCGCCACCAUUUUUAGUAGAGCACGAAAGGCGGAGCAUAGGCUAGACGGCAACUGCCAAAGACCUUCACUCUUGCUGGAAUUAGCUACCAAACGGGCUGUAAAACCGCUGGACUCCCAUGCAGCCAGGAGAAGCAGUAGUGCUUCGGAUGAGCCCAGUCAGUUUUUACUGCUUCAGGCCCUCCAAACAUACUCUGAUGACAUCUUGUCUUCCGAAACACAUACCAAAAUUGAUCCCACUUCUGGCCCAAGGCUCAUAACCCGCAGGAAGAAUCUCUCUUAUGAACCGGGCUAUAAAAGAGAUGACUUCGAGAUGGCAGCCCUGGUUCCUGACUUAGAGAAUGAUGAUUUCUUUGUCAGAAAGACUGGGGCUUUCCAUGCAAAUCCAUAUGUUCUCCGAGCUUUUGAAGACUUUAGAAGGUUCUCUGAGGAAGAUGAUUCUGUAGAACGAGAUAUAAUUUUACAGUGUAGAGAAGGUGAACUUGUUCUUCCGGAUUUGGAAAAAGACGAUAUGAUCGUUCGCCGAAUUCCAGCACAGAAGAAAGAAGUGCCGCUGUCUGGGGCCCCAGAUAGAUACCACCCAGUCCCUUUCCCUGAACCCUGGACUCUUCCUCCAGAAAUGCAAGCAAAAUUUCUCUGUGUACUUGAAAGGACGUGCCCAUCCAAAGAAAAAAGUAAUAGCUGUAGAAUAUUAGUUCCUUCCUAUCGGCGGAAGAAAGAUGACAUGUUGACGCGUAAGAUUCAGUCGUGGAAACUGGGAACUACGGUGUCUCCCAUCAGUUUUACCCCUGGCCCCUGCAGUGAGGCUGACAUGCAGAGAUGGGAGGCCAUCCGGGAGGCCAGCAGACUUAGGCACAAGAAAAGGCUGAUGGUGGAGAGACUCUUUCAAAAGAUUUAUGGUGAGAAUGGGAGUAAGUCCAUGAGUGAUGUCAGCGCAGAGGAUGUUCAAAACUUGCGUCAGCUUCGUUACGAGGAGAUGCAAAAAUUAAAAUCACAAUUAAAAGAACAAGAUCAGAAAUGGCAGGAUGACCUUGCAAAAUGGAAAGAUCGUCGAAAAAGUUACACUUCAGAUCUGCAGAAGAAAAAAGAAGAGAGGGAAGAAAUUGAAAAGCAGGCACUUCAGAAGUCUGAGAGAAGCUCUAAGACGUUUAAGGAAAUGCUCCAGGACAGGGAAUCCCAAGAUCAAAAGUCUACAGUUCCAUCGAGGAGGAGAAUGUAUUCUUUUGAUGAUGUGCUGGAUGAAGAAAAGCGACCCCCCACACUGACGAUGUCAGAAGCAAGUUACCAGAGUGAGAGAGUAGAAGAGAAGGGAACAACUUAUCCUUCAGAAAUUCCUAAAGAAGAUUCUGCCAUUUUUGCAAAAAGAGAGGACAGUGUAACUACUGAAAUUCAGCUUCCUUCUCAAAGUCCCAUGGAGCAACAAUGUCCCGCUUCUUUGUCUUCUCUGAGUUCACUGAGCACACAAAUGGAGUCGACUCGUGUUUCAGCUUCUCUCCCCAGAAGUUACCAGAAAACUGAUACAGCCAGGUUAACAUCUGUGGUCACACCAAGACCUUUUGGCGCUCAGACAAGGGGAAUCUCAUCACUCCCCAGAUCUUACACGAUGGAUGAUGCUUGGAAGUAUAAUGGAGAUGUGGAAGACAUUAAGAGAACUCAAAACAGUGUGGUCAGCUCCCCUGCACCAAACCUGGAUGCAAGCCAACUGGCUUCAAGCUCAUCUAGCCAGAAACAGGUAGCUGCAGCAGAAGAUGUGACAAGGCUGCCCUCACCCAUAUCCCCCUUCUCGUCUCUUUCCCAAGACCAGGCUGCCACUUCUAAAGCUACGUUGUCUUCCACAUCUGGCCUUGAUUUAAUGUCUGAAUCUGGAGAAGGGGAAAACUCCCCCCAGAGUGAAGUCUCAACAUCCCAGGAUCAGUUCAGUGAUAUGAGAAUCAGCAUAAACCAGACGCCUGGGAAGAGUCUUGACUUUGGGUUUACAAUAAAAUGGGAUAUUCCUGGGCUCUUUGUAGCAUCAGUUGAAGCAGGUAGCCCAGCAGAAUUUUCUCAGCUACAGGUAGAUGAUGAAAUUAUUGCUAUUAACAACAUCAAGUUUCCAUAUAAGGAUACAAAAAAGUGGGAGGAAACCAUGGCUAAAGCUCAAGAAACUGGAAACCUAGUGAUGGAUGUGAGGCGCUAUGGAAAGGCUGACUGGGGCAAAGACCAACCUUCCCUGCCAUUUAUACGGCAUAAAACCCUCAAUCUCACCAGUAUGGCUACCAAAAUUAUAGGUUCACCUGAAACAAAGUGGAUUGAUGCAACUUCUGGAAUUUACAACUCAGAAAAAUCUUCAAAUCUGUCUGUAACAACUGAUUUCUCCGAAAGCCUUCACAGUUCUAAUAUUGAAUCCAAAGAAAUCAAUGGAAUCCAUGAUGAAAGCAAUGCUUUUGAAUCAAAAGCAUCUGAAUCCAUUUCUUUGAAAAACUUAAAAAGGCGAUCACAAUUUUUUGAACAAGGGACAUCAGGCUUUUCUUACAGCUCAUGGGUCUACCUCUGUGGAAGCUCUGAUUCUGUGGUUCCUGAUCUUCCAGUUCCAACCGUCAGUGCCCCGAGCCGCUGGGUGUGGGAUCAAGAGGAGGAGCGGAAGCGGCAGGAGAGGUGGCAGAAGGAGCAGGACCGCCUGCUGCAGGAAAAGUAUCAACGUGAGCAGGAGAAACUGAGGGAAGAGUGGCAAAGGGCCAAACAGGAGGCGGAGAGAGAGAAUUCCAAGUACUUGGAUGAGGAACUGAUGGUCCUAAACUCAAACAGCAUGUCUCUGACCACACGGGAGCCCUCUCUUGCCACUUGGGAAGCCACCUGGAGUGAAGGGUCCAAGUCUUCAGACAGGGAAGGAACCCGAGCAGGAGAAGAGGAGAGGAGACAGCCACAAGAGGAAGUUGUUUAUGAGGACCAAGAAAAGAAGCCACAGGAUCAACUUGUUCUUGAGAGAGAGAGGAAAUGGGAGCAACAGCUUCAGGAAGAGCAGGAGCGGAAGUGGCUGCAGGCUGAGGCUGAGGAGCAGAAGCGCCCUGCGGAGGAGCAGAAGCACCAGUCAGAGAGAGAGCGGGAAACAUCAGUCAGAAUAUACCAGUACAGGAGGCCCAUUGAUUCCUAUGACAUACCAAAGACAGAAGAAGAAUCUUCAGGUUUUCUUCCUGGUGACAAGAAUAAAUCCAGAUCUACUACUGAACUGGAUAAUUACUCCACAAAUAAAAAUGGAAGCAAUAAAUAUUUAGACCAAAUUGGGAACACGACCACUUCACAGAGGAGUUCCAAGAAAGAACAAGUACCAUCAGAAGCAGAGUUGGAGAGGCAACAAAUCCUUCAGGAAAUGAGGAAGCGAACACCCCUUCACAAUGACAACAGCUGGAUCCGACAGCGCAGUGCCAGUGUCAACAAAGAUCCGAUUUGUGUUCCUGGGGUCAUGAGAAGAGGCGAAUCUUUAGAUAACCUGGACUCCCCCAGAUCCAAUUCUUGGAGACAGCCUCCUUGGCUCAAUCAGCCCACAGGAUUCUAUGCUUCUUCCUCCGUGCAAGACUUUAGUCGCCCACCGCCUCAGCUGGUGUCCACAUCAAACCGUGCCUACAUGCGGAACCCCUCCUCCAGCGUGCCCCCGCCUUCAGCCAGCCCUGUGAAGACCUCCACCACAGGUGUGGCUGCCACACAGUCCCCCACCCCGAGAAGCCACUCCCCUUCAGCGUCACAGGCAGGCUCUCAGCUGCGCAACAGGUCAGUCAGUGGGAAGCGCAUAUGCUCCUACUGCAAUAACAUUCUGGGCAAAGGAGCCGCCAUGAUCAUCGAGUCCCUGGGUCUUUGUUAUCAUUUGCAUUGUUUUAAGUGUGUUGCCUGUCAGUGUGACCUCGGAGGCUCUUCCUCAGGAGCCGAAGUUAGAAUCAGAAACCACCAACUGUACUGCAAUGACUGCUAUCUCAGAUUCAAAUCUGGACGGCCAACCGCCAUGUGAUGUAAGCCUCCAUACGAGAGCACUGUUGCAGAUAGAAGAAGAGGGGGUUGCUGCUGAUGUAGAGCUAUAAAUAUGUGUUGUAUGUCCUUUUUGCUUUUUUUUUUAAAAAAAAAAUAACUUUUUUUUUUGCCUCUUUAGAUUAUAUAGAAACAUUGUAGUCUGUAGAGCUUGUAGUUUUGUUGUUUAUUUAUAAGGUAACUGUGUGUGGGGAAAGUGCGGUAUUUACUUGUUGAAUUCAGCAUCUUAAAAGCACAAGGGAAAAAAAAAUAAGAACUUAAGAAUAUUUUUGAGGCAGAUAAUGAUCUAGUUUGACUUUCUAGUUACUGGUGUUUUGAAGAGGAUAUUUUAUUGUUUUUUUUUAAAAAAGGUUCUUAAACAUUAUUUGAAAUAGUUAAUAUAAAUAUGUAAUUGCAUUUGCUCUGUUUAUUGUAAUGUAUUCUAAAUUAAUGCAGAACCAUAUGGAAAAUUUCAGUAAAAUCUACCCCCAAAUGUGCUUUCUGUAUCCUACCUUCUACAUAUGUAUUCUGAUUUUUAAAAAUGUAGCUAGUGUACCAUUUAUUUGCUUGAUGAGGGAGCUCUAUUUUCUUUACCAGAAAUGUUGCUAAGUAAUUCCCAAUAGAAAGCUGCUUAUUUUCGUUAAUGAAAAAUAACCAUGGUUUGUAUACUAGAAGUCUUCUCCAGAAACUCGUGAGCCUUUCUGUUCAACUGCAUUUGUAAAUAAACUUGCUGAUGCAUUUAA